CCCGGAGGGGGGGGCGGGCGGCACCUGGAGGAACGCGUCUCGAGGGGAGGCGCGGGUGUGUAGGCCAACAGGGGAGGCCCCGGGCCUGUGGCCGCGGACUCGGACCUGAUCUGGGAAGAGUACCAAGUUGACCCUCCCAGGCUGCUCAAGCCCCAGCAAUGAUGGAUGAGAGGGAGGAGGAUGCCGAUGAGGAAGCCUGGUUGCAGCUUCGGCCAGUGGAGCCCUUGCCCUCCCAGUGCUGUGGCAGUGGCUGCUCACCCUGUGUGUUUGACCUCUAUCACCAAGAGCUGGCGAAGUGGGAAGCAGCCCGAGCCAGCAAGGACAGGAGCCUGCUGAGUGGGGAGGAGUCACAGAGCUGUCCGUCCAAGCUGAGCCCAGAGACCUUCCUGGCCUUCCGCAUCAGUGCCAUGGACAGACUCACCGAGGACACUUACUGUGUUCGGUUCGCACUCCCCAGGGACUGCCAGCUCGGCCUGCGGCCUGGCCAGCACCUCAUCCUACGAGGGAAGGUGGACGGCUUAGAAAUUCAGAGAGCCUAUACGCCCAUCAGCCCUGCCAACGCAGAAGGAUACUUUGAAGUUUUAAUCAAGUGCUACCCGACUGGGCUGAUGUCCCAGUACGUCAGGUCCUGGAGCACAGGAGACACAGCUUUCUGGCGAGGACCUUUCGGCGACUUCUUCUAUAAAGCCAACCAGUAUGGUGAGCUCCUCAUGCUGGCUUCAGGCACUGGCCUGGCCCCCAUGGUGCCCGUCCUGCAGACCAUAACAGAUAAUGCAGAGGAUGAGACCUUUGUCACCCUGGUCGGCUGCUUUAAGACCUUUGAGGGCAUCUACCUGAAGACCUUCCUCCAGGAGCAGGCCCGUUUCUGGAACGUCCGAACCUUCUUUGUUCUCAGCCAGACCCUCAGAUCCUGGCUCGGCAGACCUGCGGGGCCCCCCAGUGAGGAGAUGCUGGCAGAGCUGGGGUCCUGUCUGCUGCUGGUGGUGGUGCUGCUGGGCCCAGGCCCCAGGGCCCAUGCCAUGAAAGGUGUCAAAUGUGGGGGUGUGCUCUCAGCACCUUCCGGAAACUUCUCCAGCCCCAACUUCCCCAGGCUCUACCCCUACAACACAGAGUGCAGCUGGCUGAUCGUGGUGGCCGAGGGCUCGUCGGUGGUACUCACCUUCCAUGCCUUCGACCUGGAGUACCACGACUCCUGCGGCUUCGACUACCUGGAGGUGUACAACGGGGCCUCGGGGGACAAGGGCAGCCUGCUGGGGAGGUUCUGUGGCCAGGUGCCCCCACCACCCUUCACCUCUUCCUGGCAUGUCAUGUCUGUCGUCUUCCACUCAGACAAGCACGUGGCCAGCCAUGGCUUUUCUGCAGGCUACCAGAAAGAUGUGUGUGGUGGCGUCCUGACGGGCCUUUCAGGGGUCCUCACCAGCCCCGAGUACCCGGACAACUACCCCAACAACGUGGAGUGCCACUGGGUGAUCCGGGCCUCUGGCCCCGCCACCGUCAAGCUGGUGUUCAUGGACUUCCAGGUGGAAGGCAAUGAGGAGUGCACCUAUGACUACGUGGCCGUGCUUGGGGGGCCUGGCCCCGCCCACGGGCAUCACUACUGUGGCAGCACGCGGCCCCCCACUCUUGUGUCCCUGGGCCACGAGCUGCAGGUGAUCUUCAAGUCUGACUUUAACAUUGGAGGCCGGGGCUUCAAGGCCUACUACUUCUCAGGAGAAUGCCAGGAGGUGUACACAGCCAUACGGGGCAACUUCUCCAGUCCCCAGUACCCCAGCACCUACCCUAACAACAUCCACUGCCACUGGACCAUCCGCCUGCCUCCGGGCUACCGGGUCAGGCUCUUCUUCCUGGACCUGGACCUAGAGGGUCCCAACAGCCUGACCAGGACCUGUGACUUCGAUCAUCUGGCAGCCUUUGAUGGGGCCAGUGAGGAGGCCCCCCUGCUGGGAAAUUGGUGUGGCCACCACCUGCCAGCACCAGUCACCUCGGGCCACAACCAGCUCUUGCUUCUGCUGCACACAGACCGCAGCACCACCCGAAGGGGCUUCUCCGUGGCCUACAUUGGAGUCGUGCCCAUGAAUGUGAGCUGCUCCCGCACGGACUUCCAGAUCCUGAUCUCCGCACAGGCGCUGGCACCCCUGGAGCGGACCAAGGUCUACCUGGGCAGCCGCAACUGUGCCGCCCAGGAAGCCGGCGGCACCUUCCGGAUCCAGGCCCGCUUUGACACCUGUGGCACUGAGUCUCAGAGGAGGAACAACACCUCGGUGAUCGUCAGUGUGCUGUACAUCGACUUCUCGGCUGGUGGGCAGGAGGACAUCCAUGAGUAUGAGGUCCGCUGUGAACCACGGCGCAAAGAGGCUUCUGUCCACCUGCUCUCUGGCUCCGACUGGCUUGGGCCCUAUGCUGCCACAGCCGAGCACCUUCAGGAAGCGCCCCCCAGAGAUGAGGUAGAGGCCCCGGAGGGCCCUGUGGCCAUGGUGGCUCAGGACACCAGUGACAUUGUCUUCCUGGGCCUUUGCAUCCUAGCCGGAGUCCUCAUGGUCAUUGCCAUCGUGGUCCUGAUGCUGCUGUGAGUGGGCAGGAAGCUGGGUGCGGUCUUCCCUGGGGGCAGCUUGGGGUCCCACGGCAGGGGCAGGCCCGGGUGUCAUCGAAUUGUUGGUGGCUACUGGCAAGUCACCGUCCCUCUCUGAGUCUCACUCUCCUAAGGAGGAUCCACGUGCCCUUUACCUCACAGAGUUGGCGUGAGGCUCAGAGAAGAGCCUGAACGGAUCCGAACUUUGUAAACUAUGGCAUGUUGUGUGUGUGUGAUUGUUACCGAUUUCAAAGAUAGUCUGCUAU